CUGUGUCAGAGGGGGCGGAGCCAGAACAGGUGAGCGGACUUUAACAAGAGACAGGAGAAGCUGAAGCGCACAGAGAGCUUGUAGAGAAAGCUCCUGGAACUGCUUACAGAGAGUGAAUACGGACUUCCAGCAUGCACAGGAAGAAGGACAUUGGCCAGAGUCAGGCAAAUGACCCAUCUGUGCUGGUCAGCCGCCUACAGGAGAAUUCAGACCAGGUGGAGAAGAACAUCCUGUGUGCUGAAGAGCUGCUUGAUGAGGACUUGGAGAAAGGGAAACGUGGUCUGUCUCUGACUCGCCGAAUCGAGACGGCUGAUAAUCUGGCUGAAGCAGAGACAUUGCUGAAGCAGCUGUUCAUGGAUGUGGACAAAGUGAAGCAACUGGUGCCCCCUCACCCUCAAGGUCCCGAGAUCGAACAGGAUGUGUCUCACCUGCAUAACCGCUGGUCAGAGAACUGCAGGAGGUAUCGGGAUCUCUACAAGCAGGGUCUGGAGCUUGAUCUCUCGCCUCAGGUCAACUGGACUGACUGGCUUUCUUCCAAACAGAGGCAGAUCCAGAGGGAGGAAUAUGGCCCAAACCUGUCUGAUGUGGAGAAGCAGAUAGCGAGCCACAACAUCCUCCAUAAAGAGAUCGAAGCAUACUGCUCUCAGCUGGACUCUGGGGACAUGAAGCCCCACCUCUUUGACGAGUCUGUGAAGCGUAUGAACUAUCUGUCCUCUCUGUAUGACUACAUCUUGCACUGUAAUAAAGAGAUCAGCUAUCUGAGCGAGCAGCAGGACCGGAUCCGUAAAACCGACUGGAGUGACCUGAUCAGGGACGUGAUUGGACUGCGAGCCGACUCUGACAGGUUGAAGAGCAACGGCAUUCCGACCCAUGAGACUGAAAUGACCAAGCUGCUGCACGAAGCAGAAGGUCUGAUGGACAGAAACCACCCUGGAACAAAGGCUAUAAAGAAAUAUAACGCCGAGUUAAAGAAGCAGUGGCAGCAAUUCUGCAACCUCUGCUCCUGCCAGGAGGCCCAUCUGGACAACGUGGACAUUUACAAAAAGUUCCAGCUGGAUGCAGAGACGGUCUCUGAGUCCAUCAAGAGAAUCAACAGCACCAUGGAGCCAUCACUGCUGUCCAACAUGAGCAACUCUCAGAUCCUGAUGCAGCUCGAGGGAGAGGACAGGGCGGUUCAGAGGAACGAGCGUAGGCUGACUGAGCUGAGAGAGCUUUGCAACAAAGUUCCACCUCUACCAUUACGCAGGGCUCAAUAUGGCAACUUUUCUGUGGUGGCCCUGUGUGACUGGAACACUGAUAAGGCCUCAAUCAAUCGCAAGGACAAAUACACUCUGUUGUCCUGCCCGAGGGAUGAAACAUGGGAGGUGAAGAACAGUCUUGGAGAGAAAAAACUUAUUCCUGGAGUUUGCUUCGUCAUUCCUCCUCCGGACAAAGAUGCCAUUGAACGGGUGGAAAGUCUGGAACAGGAAUAUGUUGGUCUGAAGAGAAGGAGAACAUCUCUGCUGGCUUCUGUAAAGACCCAGUCCCAGACAGUGAGUGUGUCCAGUGUUUCCGAGGACAUUCGCUCCAGUCCCCUGUCUAACCGUCUGGACCGACUCAUUGCUGAUCUUCUUCAGCUGGAGAAAGAGGUGCUGGAGAGAUUAAGAGCUCCGCUGUCUCGAGCCGAUCACACCGGAGAUCUCGUAUCCCGAAUCCGUGACCAUGAGAGGGCUGUCAAUACUCUAAGGAAUCUGGAGGCAGAGAAGAUUUCCAUUCAAAGGGAAAUCGAGCCUCUUCUAUCCACCACGUCUCUCGACCCCUCGGUUGUGUCCUACCCUCCUAAACUCAGUUUUGCGAAAAACAAGAUCGAAGACCUCAACCUCCUCACCGACCUCUACGGCAAAAAGGCCAACGCUGUUAAGUCUUUGGAGAACCAAAUAAAGCAUGUAGGCAUGGCUCUGAUCGAGCUUGAGGAGAACCUGGCCAGGGACACCAUCAUCCUCGACAAGCAUGGUGCCCUUCAGGAGCACAUCAAUAUGCUGGAGAACCUCGAGAGCGAGUUUGAAGCCAAUACGGAGAACUUCCAGAAACUGAACAAGAAUCUUGAGCUCACGGAGCAGCUGUGCGGUCAUCUGCAGAAGAGUUUUCAGGAGUACUGCCCCGACUUUUACCGACAGGAAACAGAGGUUAGGAACCUCAGGAACCGUUAUGCUAACAUCAGCAACCAGCUACAGCAGAGACUGGUGCUGAUAAUGGAGGUGACUAACAAGUACAACAGUUUCAAGAGCACUGUCCGUGCCCUCAACCUCUUCCUCAACGACUUGCCCAGCAACAAGCUAUUGCCCGAAGACACCAUGACUCUAAUCAGCACCAAGCAGAACUCCCAGAAGUGGGCCGUUGAGGAACUGAAGAGGAAAUCGGAUGAUAUAAAGCAGCUCAUGUCUCUCUCUCAUGAGCUGCAAAUCAUCCUUAAGGAAUACGAGGCCAUCACCUAUAGGUACCGCAACACUAUCGUCCACUAUGAACAGACCGAUAUGAAUAAAUGGCAUUCUCUCACCUUUGCUGACGCCAUCCAGAAUAUGGAAAGGAGCAUUGUGAAGCGAUAUUAUGAACUGAUGGCAGAACAUAUCCAGCUUCUUUACAAAAUGGAGCUGGCCUGGAGCAUCAUCAAUAAGAAGGACGUCAUUGUGAACAAGGUAGUGGUUUACGAGCAGAGAGAAAUAGAAGAGGUGCAGAGCCUGAAGAAGGAGCUGUCAGACGAGAUCUCCCGACGCAUUCACGCUGAAAACGAAAUCGAGUCGUACAGAACUAGGCGUCUAUCGCUGAAAAACCGGCGUGGAGUGGAGCGGGUGGAAGAGAUAGAGACGGUGCAGUACUACCGAAAUCCCAACCUGGAGGCCGAACUUGUGGUAACGAAAAAAAAGAUCGAUGAAGAGAUCUCGAAACACUCUGUAAUUCAACGCGAGAUUGAAAUAGUCAAUAAGAAACUCAUCACCGUGGACCAUGAAAUCAUCAACAUCAAGCCAAAGCUGUUGACCAAGGUGAUGACCGAGUUCGCAAGGGAUCCUCUGCUGGAAAAGGAGGCGUUGUUUAUCCGAGAAGAGAUGAGAAAGAUGAGAGAAGAAAUCAGGAUACGGGAGACGGAAAUAGUGCAGAGGACCACGGAAAUCACCGUCUUGAAGAAAAAGGCACCGAUAAUCAGAGAAAGGGUAAUACAGAAGGAGGUGGUGAAAGUGGAGAAAGAUCCGGAAAUGCUCAAAGCUGUAAUUAGGAUGAGGGAGGAACUUGCUGAGCUCGAACUCAGAUCCAAGAAUUUCAGCGAGGAGAUCUUUCACUUCAGAAGUCAGAUCCACAAACUGGACAUACUUAUCCCAACUAUCCAACCUCAGGUGGUCAUAAAGGAGGUAGUGAAGGUAGAACAAGACCAAGCGCUAUUAAAAGAAUCCAGGAUUCUUCGUACAAGUCUGGAGGAAAUAAGCAAUCAAAUAAGCAUCUUGAUAAAAGAGAUUAGUACCCUAAAAGUUCAAUAUAGUCAUGUAGAGACAGUAAAACAAAGGAUAGAGGUCAGGGAGAUUGUCAAUGAAGUCUAUAGAAUUAGCCCUGAAACUGAGGCAGAGAUAAGGAAAUUAAGAAAAGAGAUACAGGAAUGGGUGACAAAGCGUACUGAAAUAGAGAAUAAGGUAAGCGUGGUGACUGUGGACAUUACGAGUUGGCGUUCUCAGAAACCCAUUGUGGAAGUAAGAGAAGUUGUAAAUGAAAUUAUAAAAGAAGAGAGGAGUCCCGAAAUGAUUAAAGAGAUGAUAAGGCUGAAGGAAAAACUGGUCCACCUGCAGGCUGCUUACCAAUCUAAGCUGGAAAAACUGACUAUUCUACGCAAAGAAAGGGAUGAGUGGCAGGUAGAGAGGUCCAAGGUCCAGAUACAAGUUGUUACAAGGGAACUCAUUAGGUAUGAAAAUGAUCCUCUGCUACUGAAAGAGCUUGAACGAUUGAAAAAAGAGAUCCAAGAAGAAAUUCGGCUCUAUCGCAUCGUGGAGGAAAACCUUCAUGACCUUCGGCAGAAGUAUGUGGUGCUUGAGAAUCAGAAAAUUGAAGAGAAAAUUAUUUACCAAAAAAUUGUAGUUCUCCAGAAGGACCACAACCAGAUUAUUGAGCAUGAACAGUUAAAAAAGAAGCUUGAGGUGGAAAUGAAAUCUCGCUGCGAAUUAGAGGUCGAAGUGAAGAAAUGGAGGGCCAUUAUACUGGAAUUGGAAAAGAGCGUGACUCAGACAGAUGUUCGCCAAAAGAAGAUUGUUGUGGAGACAGAACUCAGGCAAAUCAGAUCUCGAAUCCUUGAAUUUGAGAACGCACCACCUCCUGAGGAAAAGGUGAUCAUUGAGGAAGUUAUAAAAAUAGAAAGAGACGCCAAAAUGGACUUGCUAAUUAAGGAACUUCGUACCGAGAUUGAAGCGGAGAACGCCAAGGUCAUUGCCAUGGAAAGGGAUAUUCGAAACCUGAAAGUAAGAAUAGAUGUCCUUACCAAGGAAAAAUCAGUGGAAAAGCUAGUCUAUAAGGAGGUAAUCAGGCUCGAGAGAGACCAGACUGUGGAGAUCGAGAGAGAUCGUCUGAGAGCUGAAUUGUUACAACUCAGGAGCGCGAUACGGAACCAAGAGGAGGAAAUCCAGCGCGUGAACGUUAAGUUUACUCGCAUUCAAACCUCAGUGACAAGCUUCUCCAAAGAGGAGACCACAAUUAUCUCAAGCAGGGAUGCACUGCUGAAAGAGAGGGAGGAGCUUCUUAGGGAGUUGAAGAGAUUGGAAACCGAAAGGCAUGAGAUCACUUUAACCUUUCAGCAUGAGACCAAAUUACUGAGUGAGAAGACUCACAUAUACAAACAAAAGAUCUUAAGGCUGGAAGCUGAGAUUGAGAGUCUAGAAAAGGACAUCCGGAUGGAGAAAGAACAAAUACAUCAAAGGGAGAUCACCAUCAUCAAACUGCAAGAGGCCUUGAAAAAGGAAGAUCAUUCUGAGACGCAAACCAGAGAAACAACCAAAACAACCAAAAUUACAAUUCUGGAUCCAGAGACUGGGAAAGAUAUGUCAGCUUAUGAUGCAUAUAUGCAAGGUUUUAUUGAUCGGAGCCAGUAUAUCCACCUGCAGACACUUGAGUGCAGUUGGGAGGAAAUCACAAGUUCUGGACCUGAUGGUGAAACCUCUAUUCUGCGGGAUUGCAAGAGUGGGAAGUUGUACUCCAUCCAAGAGGCACUGACAAAAGGAAGACUGACCCAGUACGAUCUUCAGCAGUAUAAAGAGGGCAAAAUCACCAUCUCAGAGUUUGCUCUAAAGGUUGCAGGAGAAAAGCAAAUAAGUUCGGUCACCUUGCAAAGACAGACCUCAUCCUCAUCCUCAUCCUCUGUAAGCAGCUACAGCUUUAACUCUUUGACUCGCAAAAGCUCUUUAUCCUCAAGCACAAGCAACUUAAUCUCCACCACGAACGUAGAGGAGACCUUCCCGAUUUCUGGUGUUCUGGACACCACGACGAAAACCCGCAUGUCCUUGAGAAGCGCCAUGACUCGUAAAUUGAUUGACCCCGACACAGCUAUGAAGCUUCUGGAAGCACAAGCAGCCACAGGAGGGAUUGUGGACCUCAACAAAAAGGAACGCUACUCAGUUCACAAGUCAUCAGAACGUGGCCUCAUUGAACCAAGUCAAAUGAGCAAGCUCCUCACCGCCCAGAAGGCCUUUACAGGUUUCGAAGACCCCGCAACCAAAGGCCGCCUGUCGGCAGGGGAGGCGCUUCAAAGAGGCUGGAUCACCAACGAAAAUGUCAGGCGGUACAUGGAAGCUCAACUUCUCACAGGUGGCCUGGUGGACCCCAACAAAGCUGGUCGCGUUAGCUUGCAAAAGGCCAUUCAAGCUGACCUGAUUGAUGAAAAAACAGCUAAAGAGAUUGAAGAUGACGGCAAAAUGCUGAAGGAUUUGAUCAACCCGAUUACCAAGUCAAGGAUGACGUACAAGGAAGCUAUGGCAAUGUGCCAGAAGGAUUCAUCUACUGGCCUCCUCCUGCUUCCAGCAGCAUCUACUGACUCAACAGAUUCCAUCUCGUUUUCCACCUACCAAUUCUCUACUACCUAUACUCAUUAGGGAAAGUAAUGCUUAUAUUCAGGUGAAAAAAUGAACCAAUUUGAGAAAGGUUAUGCAGUUUAUGUCGUAUGCUUUUAUGCUAUAUACUCAAAUAAUGAAGGAUCUUUGGGUUACUUAACUUCCUUGUGAUUAUUUUAGUCUGUGUAAUGAUGAGAGGAUACAUAUUUGGGGGGAGCGGAAAGAAAUAUGAAUAAAUAAAAUAUUUGGUGGUGUUCUUUUCCAUCAUUUCUUGUUUGACUUCAUAAUGUGGCAGCUUUUAAUAAACAAGAUGUAUUCAAGCCUCA